GUUUGGUCGUGUUUAUAUCGCAUAGGGGGGUUUCCUGAUGCUGGCUGAACGUGCUUCCGCCUGCUUUCACUCCCCUCGCCCGUCCGCACUUGACGGCCUUUCCUCUUCCCUUCUUGCUUUUCAACGAUGGCGUCCAGGGCUCAGUUUCUCCGGGAGUACAAGCUGGUCGUAGUCGGCGGUGGUGGCGUCGGCAAAUCCGCGCUGACAAUCCAGUUCAUCCAAAGCCACUUCGUCGACGAGUACGACCCGACGAUCGAAGAUUCGUAUCGCAAGCAAUGCGUGAUCGACGAGGAGGUUGCGCUGCUCGACGUGCUCGAUACCGCAGGGCAGGAGGAGUACGGGGCCAUGCGGGAGCAGUACAUGCGCACGGGCGAGGGCUUCCUGCUCGUCUACUCCAUCACGUCCCGGAGCUCCUUCGAGGAAAUCAGCACGUUCCACCAGCAGAUCCUCCGCGUGAAGGACCAGGAUUGGUUCCCCAUCGUCGUCGUUGCGAACAAGUGCGACUUGGAGUAUGAGCGCCAGGUCGGCAUGAACGAGGGCCGCGAUCUCGCGAAGCACUUUGGCUGCGUCUUCAUCGAGACAUCGGCCAAGCAGCGCAUAAACGUCGACCAGGCCUUCACCAGCCUCGUCCGCGAAAUUCGCAAAUACAACAAGCAAGAACAGGGUAAAAACAUGCCGUCUGGCGGCGGUGGCGGCGCACCCGCGACGUUCGGCAGCCCCGACGAGGCAUCCGGCGGCUGCUGUGGUGGCUGCGUAGUAUUGUAAUCCUUCUCCCUGGGUUUUUCUUGUCCUUCGCCCUUGCCCUUCAUACCUGCGCGGCCGGUCACUACCCCGUCCUUACCUGACCUACCUACCUACCUGCCUCGCUCGACGUUACCCGUACCACUACGUGCGUCGCAUGGUCUUCCAUCUCAUUCACCUGGCAUUCCACUCGACUCGCAUGGUAUUACCCGGGGCAGGCGCGGCAUCAUGGUUACCCCUGCGUCUUCGCCCUUACUCGCGCUCUUCAUGCCAUCUCCCUCAUGCUCGUAUCUUGGAUAUACGUGUCCGCUCGUUUACCUUAGUUUUCUUUCUUCCUCGUUGUAUAUUCUGAGUACCAUAGAAUCAAUCGGAACUUGCGGAUUC